AUGUUGAGUCAAACUGUGUCAUGUCGCCUGGUCAUCAAGGAGUUUGACGACUUCCCUACAUUUUUGUCUUCUUACAAUGCAAGAAAGUGUCGCCCAUCCAUUCAAACCUGUGCACCAGAUUGGCCAGAAGAUGAUCCUCAAAAUGCAGCCCUGGGUUGCUCUUUGUACUCAAUGUACACCUCAGUCAGAUCUCAAAUGGUUCCAUCAGCAUCAUUCCGCAAUGUGCAUUGUGCAGUUUGCAAUGGCAUGGUGUUCAACCAGUCAAAUUUUGAGUGCAGACAAGACUCAUUUUCAAGGUCUGGGCACCAUUUUAGGGGCUUCAGCAACCUUCCUUCUUAUGCAGUCAUCUUUGACUUUUCUGGGGAUGGUGGAGUUGGCAUGGCUGAAAAAUGCAAGGGGAAUCAAGAGAUUUGGGAUGAUGUUCACCAAAGGUGUCACGCAAUUACGUCCGGGGUAGACUUUGGAGGACUGCUACCAGAAUUUGCUCCUCAAUAUGCUCAGCAUUUGUGCUGGUUUAACAACAGAAAAGGGCUGGCAUUGUUGUUUGUGUUACCUGUUGGGGCUGUGAUGCUGGAGAACAUGGUGCUUUUUGCCUUGUCAGCUUUUGGAAUCUACAAGCAGCAAGAAGCAUCAAAAUUCGCAGCCAAGACAGUGCGACAGCCCUCAAAGGCCACCAGCAGCGCCAAAAAGCCACCGGCAGCUACUCAAAACCGCAAGAACCAAAUCCGCCUCAUUCUCUACCUGAAACUGGCCCUCAUCAUGGGUCUCGGCUGGACCCUUGGGUUCGUCGCUGGGCUCGCCGACGUUCCCUGGCUCUGGUACGCAUUCUUCUUCCUCAACGGGCUCCAAGGCGUGCUGAUCUUCUUGGCAUUCGACGCGAAACGCAAAAUCGCCCGCUUGAUCAUAGAGACAAUCACUGGACAUCAGCAGCCCGUGCCAAAACUGAGCAAAGAUGCCACAAAGACUUCCACGCUGUCUGCGACCAGCAACAGACGCCCGACGAAUCAAUCACUCAGUAGAAUGAGCGAAGUCGAACUCAUGGUGAUGAAGAAGACCUCGGAAACCCCGACUGCUGUCGCCAAGGUGAAACCCACCAGCAGGAACCCGUCGUCUUCUAGGAAACCCUCGAAAACCCUGUCCUUUCACGAAGGCAACGAGGUGAUGAUGAGACGAGAGCCGCAAGAUGCUUCUAGAAAGCUUUCUAGACCGGAUUCGUUUCCGGUGGACAUAGAAUCCCUGUCUGCCAAGUUGAUGCGGCAGAAGGCCAGGGAAAUCCUGGCUGCCAAAUUGGCAGAAUUGGAAGAGCAGAAAUCCAUCAAUCAUCAAUUCAUGGCUUCGCAAACGCCGGCGUUUGACAACCGGAAAUCUUCCGGAAUUAUUACGGAAGGUCCAACAAUAAGACAAGAGUUUGAAAAAGUGAAAGAACAUGCAUCAAAGUCUUUGGAGCCGAGCCCAAGAAACUUGCAGAGGAAAAAGGAAGUUUUGGUGACGAUGAAGGGAAAUUCUGAAGGGAAGAAUUCUCCACGUAUCAUUCAUGCUUCCAGGAGACGAGAAUUGAGCUCUUUGCCAACUAAGAAAUCCAUGUCUAUGAAUUCCUUACCAACAUAAAUUUGCGUGUUUUGGAAAUUGCGCGGAUAAUGACACGACAUGCUUUGCAAUAUGAGUGAGUGAUGGUGAUUAGCCAAGUUUGAACUGAAGACUCUUUGCUUUCGGCUUUGUAAAAUAAAAUUGA